GCCCGCCGUGCCUCGGCUGGGACCCACCCGCAGCGGAGGCUGAGCCCGCUGGCGGCUCCCUGGAGCUCGCCCACCUCCCGGCACCAGAGCGCUGGCAAAAGGGGAAGAGUCCUCUCUUUGGUCACCACUCUUUCUCGUCCACUCCAAGAAUCUGUUCAAGGAAAAGCUGUAGGAAGAAGACAUCUUCUUGAAUCCUCUGUCAGGGGCGGGGUCUGCCUGAGCUGCUGUGCCACCUCAGCGACACUACCUCCUGCUACGACCCCUGACCAGCGGGGUCAAGUCCCGGAGACGGGAUCAUGAAGCGCUCGGUGGCCGCUUGGCUCUUGGUCGGGCUCAGCCUCGGUGUCCCCCAGUUCUGCAAAGGUGAUAUUUGUGAUCCCAAUCCAUGUGAGAAUGGAGGUAUCUGUGUGUCAGGACUGUCUGAUGGUUCCUUUUCCUGUGAGUGUCCAGAUGGCUUCACAGAUCCCAACUGUUCUAGUGUUGUGGAGGUUGCAUCCGAUGAAGAAGCGCCAACUACAGCAGGUCCCUGCAGUCCUAAUCCAUGCCAUAAUGGAGGAACCUGUGAAAUAAGCGAGGCGUACCGAGGGGAUACAUUCAUAGGCUAUGUCUGUAAAUGUCCCCGAGGAUUUAAUGGGAUUCACUGUCAGCACAAUAUAAAUGAAUGUGAAGCUGAGCCUUGCAAAAAUGGUGGAAUAUGCACAGACCUUGUUGCUAACUAUUCCUGUGAGUGCCCAGGGGAGUUUAUGGGAAGAAAUUGUCAAUACAAAUGCUCAGGCCCAUUGGGAAUUGAAGGUGGAAUCAUAUCCAAUCAACAAAUCACAGCUUCAUCUACCCACCGAGCUCUUUUUGGACUCCAGAAAUGGUAUCCCUACUAUGCCCGUCUUAAUAAGAAGGGGCUGAUAAAUGCCUGGACAGCUGCAGAAAAUGACAGAUGGCCAUGGAUUCAGAUAAAUUUACAAAGAAAAAUGAGAGUUACUGGUGUUAUUACCCAAGGAGCCAAGAGGAUUGGAAGCCCAGAAUAUAUAAAAUCCUACAAAAUUGCCUAUAGUAAUGAUGGAAAGACUUGGGCAAUGUACAAAGUGAAAGGCACCAGUGAAGACGUGGUGUUCCGUGGAAAUGUUGAUAACAACACACCCUACGCUAACUCUUUCACACCCCCCAUCAAAGCUCAGUAUGUAAGACUCUAUCCCCAAGUUUGUCGAAGACACUGCACUUUGAGAAUGGAACUUCUUGGAUGUGAGCUGUCAGGCUGUUCUGAGCCUCUGGGGAUGAAAUCAGGACAUAUACAAGACUAUCAGAUCACUGCCUCCAGCAUCUUCAGAACUCUCAAUAUGGACAUGUUCACUUGGGAACCGAGGAAAGCUCGGCUGGACAAGCAGGGCAAAGUGAAUGCCUGGACCUCCGGCCACAAUGACCAGUCACAAUGGUUACAGGUGGAUCUUCUGGUUCCUACCAAGGUGACUGGCAUUAUUACACAAGGAGCUAAAGAUUUUGGUCAUGUGCAGUUUGUAGGGUCCUACAAACUAGCUUACAGCAAUGAUGGAGAACACUGGACGGUAUACCAGGAUGAAAAGCAAAGAAAAGAUAAGGUUUUCCAGGGCAAUUUUGACAACGAUACUCACAGGAAAAACGUCAUCGACCCUCCCAUCUAUGCUCGGCAUAUAAGAAUCCUUCCUUGGUCCUGGUAUGGGAGGAUCACGCUGCGGUCGGAGCUGCUGGGCUGCACAGAGGAAGAGUGAGGAGACCCCCACAUCCUGCACCCCUCCUGUUUCCCUAAAAGUCUCUCCAUGGAAUGACCUGUGCAAAAUCUGUAGGAAACUGAAUGGGAUUUUUCAUGAAAAAGUGCUCAAAUUAUGGUAGGCCACUAACUGUCUUCUUAAGGAGGUCUAAGCCUGCCUUUUCAAUGGUUUAAUUUGAUUUUUAUCGUUUAAAUUUCUUAAGCAACAUCACAUUAACUGUGAACUACUUUUCUCAUUGUUUUCUGACUUAUUCAUACUGGUUGAAGUAUAUUAGGGAAAGAUAGUAGCACUCUUUUGAUAGCAAGGGUAAAAAUAUCUCACAGUUACCAAACACAAGAGUUGUUAGAGCUUUUAUAAUCAAUUCUUAUAAAAGGAAUACUGCAAUGUUAGCAAUAAGUUGUUUUUUCCUUCCAUAAUGACUCUAUAUUAUCCUAUUUCCCUGUGCCUACGGUGUUUAAACUGAAUUCUGACGAAGAAUCUAAUGUGCAGUACUAACUGAUACUGUAAUUCUCAUUUUACUUUCAUUAUUUUUAAUCAGAUUGUUUCUUUUUGUUCUAUUCUAUACACUGUAUAUUGCCUGAAUAACUCCCUAUUUUUCCUAAUUGAGUUUUGUCCUAUUACUCGCCUAAAAGAACUCAUGCUUGUGUGUGUGUGUUUAUAUGUGUACACACACACACACACGGAUGAAACGUGACUGAAUAUCAGUCAGUACAUUGGUCAUAAUUAAUUAUCAGUAGGUUGAAUCUGCAAUUCUUUUGUUUUUGAAGGACGCUAUAACUAUUUAAAUUUAAUUUUCAAAUACUUCCAUUUUGCAAAAUAAACAACAAAAUUUCAUUGAUUCUUUAAAACAAAAUGUAAACCUUUGUUUUACCAGCAUUUACAUAGCCUUAUCGUUACUUUAAAAUAAUAGAAUAAAAUGUCUAUUUAAAAAUUUUUUAGCAAACAAAUAUUGACAUAGUGCUGCAUAACCAGGUCAAGCAUACUCAUCAUUUCUUUGUUCAUCUCUGCAUUUCCUGUGAAACUAGAAUUUUAUUGAGGUUUGAAACUGGUGGUGGUUUCUCAGGAAAGCACAGUGGGUACAUAUUUGUGAGAAAAGAAGUAUACUAAUGACAACGCUGUCAACCAUUUUCAAGAUGAAAAUUGAUUUCUACUUAUUUUGCUUCAAAGGUUCUGAAAAAUAAGCAAUUAUCAUCACAAUUUGUUAUUGAUAAUGGAGGUCUCAUUGACAGUCUCUCAAAUUAAAACUCACACUGCCUCCAUGAAAGUCUUCAACAUCUAAUUUAUAACCUUUACAAGUAUUUGUUUUCUAAGGCUUAGACACAGAAUUAUUGGGGUUUAAAAUUAAGGAUCCUGGAAGAGAAAGUAUGGUAUGUGUACGAAACGUUGAGGUCCUGUGCAACACUGCUAAGUUCUUUUCUUUAUUAUUUGUGCUGCAUAACAAAAGCCACUAGACUGUUACUGUCUUGUCUGUGUCCACGUGCUAACAGCAUCUCUUAAUGAUGUAUAUAUGGUGUUGUCUUCAAUCAUAGUGAAGAAUCUAAAGAGAAAGUCAAUCAAUCAUAAUGGCAUUUUUCAAAGAUCAAACUACAGACUAGCUGGCCACAUUUUUGUCCUAUGCCCACACGCUUUCUAAUUUAGGUUCUUAUUAUAAAAGUGUUGAUUUGAAGUAUCUGAAAUGGUGAUCAGUUUUUAGCAUCUUUCAAAAACAAAACUUCCGUGUCAUCAAUAUCACCUUUUUAAGAGAACUUUAAAUUAUGAAUUUAAAUAUUUUUAAUAUGCUAAAUAUUAAAGUCAUGUUACAAAUAAUGACUUAGGUCCAAAAAUAUACACAGACUUACUUCAUAGCCAAUGGCUCUUAUUUCUUUAAAAAUUUACUGUCCUACCAAAUUCCUAGCCAUUUUCCUUUGUACACUGUGCACAAUUCUUGAUCCUUAACAGAGUGUGUUUUUAAAUUUUUGAGUAACUUUUUAAUGCUUUACUUUCUCAAAUUAUUCAUGGCUUCUUACAAUGUUUUGAAUUGUAGUUUACUGAUUUUUUUUGAAAAAAAUAACUAGUUUCAAAAGGAGUUUGUUAAAAUUCGGUUACCUUUCAGAAAUAGAUGGCUUUCUCUUGCUUGUGCAUUUUCUCUCUGCUCUGUAUGCUUUUCACCAACACAGCAUAUCAUGGGCUGUCUGUCCAUGAUGCCCCAAAUUAAUAACAACAAAGAGAUUCCGACAUGUGGAAAUGUUAAUAAUUAAUUAUUGUGAAGUAUUAUGUAACUUUUGUGUCAAUGACAUCAAAGUAAAGCAAACUUACUUAUUCUAUUUAAAUUUACACUAAAACAAGUAAAAUCUCAUAAGCAGAAUACACAGAAGACUCAGUCUUCACCAUACUAAGUAACUAUAAUAUGCUAAUUUUAUGAUCUAUGAAAUUACAAUUUUAAACAUCUUCAUUUCAUCUAUGUCUUAUUAAAAGCCUUUAUCAUAAUCACUAAUUCUAAUUUUAGGAUUGACUUUCUCUUUCUGAAUGGCUUCAUAAGGGUUGGUGUGAAUUUUGAAGACUUGGGGUACUAAUGAUAGUACCUUUGCUAGUCAACAAAUCAUGAAAUAUAAUACUCACUGCUGGCGUCGGAUGUGUCAGUAAGUACAGAAAUAACUAAGACACAAGAUAACCUUUGCAAACGUUCAAGCUGUGUAAUAUUCCAAUGUUGGGUUUUUUUCCUUUGUAUAUAUUAAAUCAUGUAGGAUGUUGUAAAAUCAGUAUGACCUUGUCUAGUCUUCAGAGUUAAAAUAAACUUUUGAAAAUCUGGGA